UCUUAAGAUAAGACUUCGGUAAUUCACUAUAAAUAGUUGGACAGGACUACAAUUGAUACUGCACAGAUAGCCUACAUUACUUUCUUGUUGAAUAUUUGCUCACAUUCUCCAUCAAUGGAAUCGUGCUGCAUUGAGCAGUUUCUCGAGGGAAAGACCAUUUUCAUCACUGGUGCAACGGGCUACCUUGCAAAGAUUCUCACUGAGAAGAUACUCAGAGUCCAACCAAAUGUGAAGAAGAUGUACUUGAUAAUAAGAGCUCCAGAUUCAAAUUCAGCUAAACAACGCUUUAACAACGAGGUUAUAAAAACUGAUCUGUUCGGAGUUCUGAGGGAGAAGUUGGGCGCCAACCUACAUGGCUUUAUAGAAGACAAAGUUUUCCCAGUUGCAGGGGAUAUAGAUUGUGAUAGUUUGGGGAUAAAUUCGGAGCUGAAAGAUGAGAUGUGCAGAGAAAUAGACAUAAUUGUAAACUCAGCUGCAACAACUAGAUUUAAUGAAAGAUAUGAUACUGCAAUAAGGACCAAUGUAUUGGGUGCCAUGCAUGUUCUCAAUUUUUCCAAGCAGUGUUCAAAACUUAUGAUGCUUCUCCAUGUAAGCACAGCCUAUGUUUGUGGGGAAAAGGAAGGAUUGAUACUAGAGAAGCCAUUGAACUACGGUGAGACGCUUAAUGGAAGCUCUCACUUAGACAUAGACAUGGAGCAGAAGUUGGUAGAGGAGGCACUAAAGGAACUUCAAGAUAGAAAUGCCACUGAAAAAGAAGUUAGGCUAGCUAUGAGAGUUCUAGGUAUUGAGAGGGCAAGGCAACAUGGAUGGCCAAACACAUACUCAUUCACAAAAUCAAUGGGAGAGAUGCUUUUGGGACACCUCAAGGAGGAUCUCCAACUCAUAAUUCUACGGCCAACGAUUAUAUUGAGCACCUACAAGGAGCCAUUCCCUGGAUGGAUUGAAGGAAUGAAAACCGCGGACACGUUCAUUGUUGGCUAUGGUAAAGGAAAACAGAAACUUGCAAUGGGUGGCAGAGAAACCAUAACAGAUGUGGUAUGUGAGUCAGUCAUAUGUAUAUAUAGUGUACCUUAUGUCAGCUGGUAUAAAUCAUUUCAUCUAGUUACAUUUUGAGUUCCUAAGUAUUUACUAAUUCCUUAAUGCCAUCUUGCAAUUUUGCCUAGAUUCCAGCUGAUAUGGUCGUAAACU